CAUCACCCCGCGUUUCUAAUCAAGAUGGCGAACUAGUUGGCUACACCACUCGUGAAAAAGAAGUCUUGUUUUGGUCGCCAGAGGAAUUUAUUGUCGUUGUGAGUCGGUGCUUCAUUCGUACUUGGCAACAUUAACUCUCAUGUUUUAGAAAUUAACUCACAAUUGCUUCACAAUGAAGUCUGACGUGGAGGAGUUAAUGCCGAGGCUGCUGCCCGUUGAGUUUGGAGCCAGUGCAGAGGUGCUGGACAUGAAUGGACCGCCGAGAAACCCCCGGGAAUACCUCCGACAAGUCCAGCUGGAGGCGUCACAAUGUCCCGAGGUGGUGGUUGCUCAGAUUGACCCUAAGAAACUGAAGAAGAAACAAACGAUUAAUGCCUCUGUGGCAGGUUGCCAUGCUGCUCCACUGGGGUUCUCCCCCAGCCUCAGUUGGCAGCAGCACCAAGUCAGUACCUUCUCAGGUGUCCGACAGAGCAUCGCAAAGAACAGGACUCACUGGAGCAGCCACACUCUGGACGACAAUGUACUGAUGCCAAAGCUAACCGAUGAGGAGGGUUGGAAGAGAUUUUGUUUCGGAGAGACGGUCUAUCUGGGCGCCUCGUCCGGCCACACAGAUGCUGAACCAGAGCCAGCACUGGAUUAUAGCAAGGUGGGCUUCCCUCCUUUCCUCAGCAUAGUCAGCAGACUGAACCAGUCUACGGUGCUGAUGCUGUUGGAAAUUCUAAUCAGUUGGUUUGAGGAACACGAUUUUGUUCCACAGUUGGGGCGCUGGUUGUACGCUUUGUUGGCCUGCCUGGAGAAGCCUCUGAUACCUGAAGCCCACGCCUCCAUCAGACAGCUGGCCAGGAGAUGUGCUCAGCUCCGCAGCACGCUGGAGAGUCAGGAGGAUGAGAAACUGCCAGCCCUCAAUCUGCUCAUCUGUCUUGUUGCCAGAUACUUUGAGCAGAAUGACCUGGCAGACCAGCCCGAGUGAACGCAAGGUUGAACUGUUGACCAAUAUCAAGGCAUUAAGGAGGAAUAUGUUGUAUGUCCUCCUACUGAUGCAGCCUUCAGACUGUACAAUGAAGUAACAAUAAACUUAUGAACUUGAAGACUUUUAAAAAUCAGUGGAGAGAACUAAACCUAUCCAAGGACACAACAGCACAAACAACCAUGUGGAGAGCUGUGGUGAUUCUGAACAUUGCGAUGAAAGUUGAGGACAGAACCAAAGGGACUGGAUCAUCAACUCACAACCUCUAUUUCAGUUAACCAAGUCAUUUCGACCGUUUGAUUCUUUGUGAAUUUUGUUCUGAGGUUUAUGGAUGCAUCAAAUGCAAUAUUUUUUCUAUUAAACUGAUUUAAAGGAUAA